CUCCUACCGAUGUAGGUGGUGGUGCUGUCGUACACAUUCUCAACAGGCGCGAUCUCCCUGUCACUCUUGCCUUCUAAUCCUUGUGCACACACUUCCCAUCAUCAUCGUCGAUCGUCAAGCAAUUUGAUUUCUGGGCAGCUUUAUAAAUCUCGUUCUCCCCUCUCCUCUUUACGUCGUCGCGCUGGUUUCGUUCCUGCUCAUCGUUAUACCUCAUCGCAACAGUUGACCGGCAUACAUUACAAUAACAAUAACAAUAACAACAGCAUCAACAACAACCCCACCCAAGGCUAGUCGCUGAUACCGUCAAGAUGGGUGCCGUCGUCUCUUGCAUCAAGAACAUUUUCGCCGCCAUCGGCUCAUGCAUCAUGGCCGUUGUCAACGCGAUUGCCUCGAUCCUCAAGGCUAUCGUCAACGGUAUCGUCGCCGUCUUCGCAGCCAUCGUCAGCUGCCUCACGUGCGGCAAGGCGGGACGUCGUAAGAAUACGAGUGUGGUAUGACCGACGUCUUAGCGCAACACGACCAGGAUAUUACUGCGGAAUGAUCCAUCAUCGAGAAGGUCUGCGGAGAGUGCAGUUCGAUUCAAUCAAUGGUCGGAGUCUACGCCUAUCUGUGCGGGACACCGAGUCGCAUACCAUGGGCACGAAGCGAUUAGUUGUCUUCGGGACUUGGCAACCGACUUGGGUUCCAUGAUUGAUCAUGGUCAGGUCUGCAUCGGAUACGCUGCUCAACGUGACAAGGAUGGGGAUGUUGGAAGG